CAAUCCAAUCCCAUAAAAUGUUUGUUUGGGAGUACGGAAUGCAACUGCAAAUCGAGGAUUUCGAGGUCUGACAUCUAUCUGUCUGCUAAUCAACUAGCUAAAAGGGAUAAGGCUGUGUACAUCUAAUCCUGCUUCUCGUGGAAUCUUCUCCAAAUUGUUGCUGUUGGUGCUUGUGAUGAUUGAGUUCUUAUGAAAGCAUCCCCUGCCGAUGUUGUAGGCUUGUCGUAUCCGUUCUUGCUAAGAAAGUAGUAUCCGACAAAGUAAAGGGAAGUGACUGGCAGAGUUGCCAAAGCAGGGGAAUUAUCCCUCAAAUACUGAAAUGUAUCCUGAAGUUACAAUAGUAAAUCCCAUGUUUGAACCUGUACUUCCAAAUGAACGUACCAGAAGACGUGCUGCUUUAGCAAGGUCAGCUUACGCAAAUUCUAAAUCAAGGUUUUUUGAGCCACCAUAUCCUGGUGAUGAAGCUUUGGCUAAUCAAAGCACUUAUAUGGUGGGUUCAAACAAACCUUAUACAAAUCCGGCUCAGGUUUAUCCUAGAGUUAGUAUGGCUAUUCCAAAUGCUACUCCGGGUUUCCAAAGCUCACCAUUAAAUGCCCAUGGAAAAGAUGAAGAAACUAAUGAGGUUGUUUACAAAUCCAUUGACAAGCAAGGGAAUCACCAAUUUCGUAGGAGGUUGAAAAUUUUCGUUUUCGUGGAGUUGGUUGUAUUUCUUUGCUUGAUGUGUUUGCUGAUUGCUAGUUUAAUAGACUACAAUUUGCAAAAUACCACAAUAUGGAGUUUAGAGCUUUGGAAGUGGUGUGUUCUCUUUACAAUGAUGUUUAGUGGUCGAUUGAUAGCGAAAUAUUUCAUCAAUGUGAUUGUUUACUUGGUGGAACGAAAACUUCUUUUCAAGAAGAAAAUUCCCUAUUAUGCCAAUGGAUUGAAGAGAGGUGUACGAGUUUUUUUUUGGCUGAGCUCAGUUCUUCUCGCGUGGAUUUUGUUGUUCAUUCAUGGGAGCAACAGGUCAAGAGAAGCCACCAUAGUAUUACAUUAUAUUACAAAAGCUAUAGCCGGGUGUUUAUUUGGGGCAGUAAUAUGGCUAGUGAAGACUACAUUAAUCAAGACUUUAGCUUUAUCUUUCCAUGUCAAGAGGUUCUUUGAUCGAAUUCAAAAAUCAAUAUUUCAUCAAUAUGUGCUUCAAAUGCUUUCUGGUCCUCCAAUCAUGGAGAAGGCAGCAAGAGUAGCCAUAUCGAGAAAUUUAAGUCAGCUGAGUUUAGAGCGAAGGACAAAUAAUAAAGGUAUAAGAGAAGAGGUUAUUAAUGUGGAGAAGCUUCAACAACUAAACCAAGAAAACGUCUCUGCAUGGACCAUGAAAAGAUUGAUCAAACUCGUAAGGAGAACAAAGCUGUCUAUUACUUCCUGUUUCCUUGACUCAGGUGAAGUUGAUGGCAUGGGUGAGCUAAGUAAAGAGAUCAAGAGUGAAUGGCGAGCAAAAGUUGCUGCUUCCAAAAUCUUCAACAAUGUUGCAAAACCUGGUUUUGAUUAUAUUGAAGAGGAAGAUCUCUUGCGUUUCAUAAAAAUCGGUGAAUUAAACCAAGUACUUCCUUUGUUUGAUGGAUAUAUUGAAACUGGUAAGAUCAAGGAGUCGGCCUUAGAGAAAUGGGUGGUUACUGCUUACAUGGAGCGCAAAUCACUUGCUCAUUCAUUAGAUGAUACUAAAACAGCUGUGGAUGAAUUGAAUAUUUUAGCUUCAAGCGUGGUGUUAAUUGUUAUAGCUAUUGUGUGGACUCUUGUGAUGGGAUUUUUGACCACCAAAAUACUUGUGUUUGUUACAAGUCAGCUCUUGCUCGCGACAUUUAUAUUUGGCAAUGCCUUCAAGACUGUGUUUGAGGCAAUCAUAUUUGUAUUUGUAAUGCAUCCAUUUGAUGUAGGUGACCGUUGUGUGAUUGAUGGUGUUCAGAUGGUUGUUGAAGAGAUGAACAUUUUGAACACAAUCUUCUUGAGAUAUGAUAAUGAAAAAAUAUCCUAUCCAAAUACUGUUUUAGCAACCAAACCAAUCAGCAAUUUCUAUCGGAGCCCAGAUAUGAAUGACUCAGUGGAGUUUGCAAUUAACUUCUCCACUACAGUCGAGGCCAUUGCUGCUCUGAAGGAUAGAAUUAAGUCGUAUAUAGAAAGUAAACCACAGCACUGGAGACCAUGUCAUAGUGUGCAGUUGAUCGACAUUGUGGACAUGAACAAGAUUAAGAUGGCUCUUUAUGUAACCCACACUAUUAACUUCCAGAACAUUGCAGAGAAAAACAGCAGAGCUUCUGAUCUCGUUCUGGAAUUGAAAAAAACAUUUGAGGAAUUAGGAAUUACAUAUCAACUUCUGCCUCAGGAUGUUCGUGUAACAUAUGUUGGGUCGCCUGCAUCUGCUUCCAAUGCCUAGAUGGCUAAAUCUGAUCACACAAGUUUAAUGGUUUUCUUGCAUUCUACAGUGCCCUCAUUCUGCUGGUGAUUCUACAGGCUCUGCACUGUAACUUGGAACUAUGCAUGCGGAUUCUCCAUCGUUUCCUAUGGUGGACUGAUUGGUUUUUUCUUGCAGAUUUUCUCACAGGUUUAACGGUGCACAAGCAAGUGUGAUUUUCUGUACUAAAGGGUUAAAUAUGAUUGUUUGAAGCUUCCUUGUCACUCAAGAAUAAGUGUAAAAAUUUGUGCUGCAAAUAGUGCAAAUGUAAUACAAAAUAUUUGUGGCGUGUUUAUGUAGACGCUGAGUAUUUUCAAAUCCAAUUUCGUGGUGAGCUUUUAGCCUCUAUGUAUUUUCUGCAUUUCCUCCUCAGUUUACUAUGCUUGAGACAGCUUGAUUAGCUUUGAAGUCCAGACCGAGCUUAUAAUGGCUCAGCUCCUUGGUUUGUAUUUCGUAGUUCGUAUUAUUGCUUGAGAUUUACUUAACAGAUUUUAAAGUUUAAAAGGAAAUUUGAC